AUGAGUGAGAAAAGUGAGGACUUAGAUGAGUUAACCCCUCCUAUACCUAAAGAUAGCAGAGCCAAAUCUGACAGUGACAUCUGCCAGAAAUGUCCUGAAGAUCAGUGGCCAGAUCCAGGAAAAACAAGAUGUUUUCCUAAAGUCUAUGAAUUUCUCUCAUAUAAAGAAGAUACCGUGGCUUCAGUCUUCUCUAUAAUUGUGAUUCUCUGCUGUGCUAUAACCUGCUACAUCAUAAGAAAGUUCAUCUUACAUUGGGACACUCCUCUAGUAAAGGCCAAUAACCGGACAGUGAGCUUCAUCCUCCUGGUCUCCAUCAUGUUGAGCUUCCUCUGUGUCUCUUUCUUCCUUGGUUGUCCAGUAGACAUAACCUGUAAGAUGAGACAAACAUCCUUUGGCAUUUUCUUCUCAGUUGCACUCUCUUCAGUUUUGGCCAAGACUAUCAUGGUCUGCAUUGCUUUCAAAGCCACCAAACCAGGCAGUUCCUGGAGGAAGUUGGUGGAGAUCAGAUUGUCCUAUUAUGUGGUGGUGAUAUGUUCCUUCAUACAAGUGAAGAUCUGUGCUAUUUGGUUGUCAGUCUCUCCUCCAUAUCAGGAGUUUGACCACCACUCUUAUCCUGGGAAGAUCAUCAUUCAGUGUAAUGAAGGCUCAGAUAUCUGCUUCUACUCCAUGUUGGGUUAUCUGGGGCUCCUGGCAGCUGUAAGCCUUGUUCUGGCUUUCAUGGUGAGGACAUUACCGGACAGUUUUAAUGAGGCCAAGUACAUCACCUUCAGCAUGCUGGUGUUCUGCAGCGUCUGGAUCUCCAUGAUCCCGGCUUAUCUGAGCACAAGGGGAAAGAACAUGGUGGCUGUGGAGAUAUUCGCCAUAUUGUCCUCAUCUGCUGGAAUAUUAGCCUGUAUAUUCUUCCCUAAAUGUUAUAUCCUAAUAAGGAAACCUGAGCUGAACUGCCGAAACCAAUUAGUAAAAAAGUAA